AUGAAGAAGGCGGGCGUCGACAAAUCUCUCCUCGCCGCAGUCCAACCCGGGGAGAACCUGGGGGUGUGCGAGGAGGUGAAGAAGCAACUAUGGCUAGCGGGGCCGCUGAUCGCCGGCACGCUGCUGCACAACGUGAUCCAGAUGGUCUCCGUCAUGUACGUGGGCCACCUCGGCGAGCUCCCUCUCGCCGGCGCCUCCAUGGCCAACUCUUUCGCCACCGUCACCGGCUUAAGCGUGCUGCUUGGCAUGGCGAGCGCUUUGGACACCCUGUGCGGCCAAGCCUACGGAGGCAGGCGAUACAAUCUCCUGGGCAUCUACAAGCAGCGCGCCAUGCUGCUGCUCACCCUCGUCAGCCUCCCUCUGGCUGUCGUCUGGUUCUACACCGGCGAGAUCCUUCUCCUGUUCGGCCAGGACGCGUACAUCGCUGCGGAGGCCGGCACCUAUGCCCGGUGGAUGAUCCCGGCGCUCUUCGCCUACGGCCUGCUGCAGUGCCACGCCUGGUUCCUGCAGACGUAG